AUGCAUUUCCAAAACACUAUCACGGUCUUGGCCAUCGCUGGACUUGCAGCUGCAAGCCCGGUUGAGAGGCAAGCUGCUUGCUCAAGCUACACGAUCAUCAACACUCGUGGUACUGGCGAGCCUCAAGGCCAGUCUGCAGGUUUCCGAACCAUGAAUUCAAGAAUCACCAGUCAGGUGUCUGGAGGGAAGAUUUAUAACACAGUCUACCCUGCUGGCGCUGCCCAAAACUCAGCCUCUGGCACGCAAGAUAUUAUCAACAAGAUCCAGUCAACUCUAGCAACCAACCCUGCUGAAUGCUUCAUCCUUCAAGGCUACUCUCAGGGUGCUGCAGCCACCGUUAACGCCAUGUCCAGAAUCACUGGUGCCAACUUCGACGCAGUCAAGGGUGCCUUCCUCAUCGGCAGUCCUCUUCACGAAGCGGGCUUGACCUGCAACGUCGACAACAACGGCGGCACUACCACUCGUAACGUCAAUGGCAUAUCAGCGUUGGGCUCUGAUGGUGUUCCUUCCAACUGGAUCUCAAAAACUUUGGACGUUUGCAUCUAUGGCGACGGAGUUUGCGAUACCGCUCACGGCUUCGGCAUCAAUGCCCAGCACCUUCAGUAUCCAUCUGACUCGCCAACACAGAACUUGGGCACAACCUUUGCGGUUGGCAAGCUUCGAGGAACAUCUUGA